AUGGCGGCCAAGUUUCUACGAGAAUACAAACUGGUGGUAGUCGGUGGGGGUGGUGUCGGAAAAUCAUGCUUGACUAUUCAACUGAUCCAGAGCCACUUCGUCGACGAGUACGACCCUACAAUUGAAGACUCCUACCGCAAGCAGUGCUUGAUUGACGAUGAAGUCGCCUUGUUGGAUGUCCUGGAUACAGCUGGCCAGGAAGAGUACUCGGCUAUGCGGGAACAGUACAUGCGCACUGGCGAGGGAUUCCUUCUCAUCUACUCCAUAACCUCGCGUCAAUCAUUCGAAGAAAUCAUGACUUUCCAACAGCAGAUCCUACGCGUCAAGGAUAAGGACUAUUUCCCCAUCAUUGUCGUCGGUAACAAGUGUGAUUUGGAUAAGGAGCGAGUGGUUUCCGAGCAAGAGGGUGAGGCUCUGGCCCGACAGUUCGGUUGCAAGUUCAUCGAAACUUCCGCCAAGUCUCGUAUCAAUGUCGAGAACGCCUUCUACGACCUCGUCCGUGAGAUCCGUCGCUACAAUAAGGAGAUGUCAUCUUAUCCGUCCGGCUCCGGUGCAUACGGUGCCCGCCAGCCAGAGGGUAAGUUGGACGUCAGUGAGCCAAGCGAGAAUGCCGGCUGCUGCGCAAAGUGUGUUAUCAUGUAA